UGGUGUCGCCGACCAGCGGACCACGGCCACCGACGGCGGUCGAUAGUCUUCUUCGCUUCCUUUGCAGUAUUUAGGGUGACCGGGAUGAAGGGCUGCCUGUCACGGUCAAGAGUUAACGUAACACUGGACCGACGCGGACUGAUGUAGCCUAGCACCCUGCUAGCUCACCACUGAGAGGUUAGCCAUUGUUUGACUUGUUGGCUAACAUGGCAACCGAAGCUAGCGUGAGCGGCGUCAGAUAGGCGGUUUUUACGAGCGCGUUAUUGUAAAAGGGAGCUACUGCUGUGGUCAUCCUGCAUGAUGUGUGGCGGUUGUGAGGCUAGAGAGCAGUGCUUGUCCCUCUCUCCUUCGUCUUGGGCCAGCCGUCCCAUUUAAGCACAUCCCCGAAGUCCCUUCGCCCGACCUUACAGGAUGACCGACAGGAAGAAGCCGCCUUUCUUUAAUGAUGACAGCGUGGGGGCUUUACACCAUAAGCUCCCGUUCUAUGACACUAUGGAGCUCUUCAUAGAGACCCUGACAGGGACCUGUUUUGAGCUGCGUGUGUUGCCUUUUGAGGCCGUCAUUUCAGUCAAGGCCAAGAUUCAGAGGCUGGAAGGUAUCUCUGUUGCCCAGCAACACCUUAUCUGGAACAAUCUGGAGCUGGAGGAUGAGAACUGUCUUCACGACUACGGUAUUGCAGAGGGCUGCACACUGAAACUGGUCUUGGCUAUGAGGGGAGGGCCAAUUAACACCAGGCGAGUAACCAUAGAUGAUCCUAUUAAAGAGAUUACUGACCUGAUGGAGAGCUCAAAGGAGGAGGGCUGGGAGAAAAGCCUGGCCAACAAGCAGGUCACGUUUGUGGUCUACAGAGAAAAUGACCAGUUAAACUUCUUCCGAGUCGUCGACAGGGGAGACGGCACCCUGACCCCUCUGUCUGAAUCCAUGAGUGGCGGCUCGGUGUGCAAUGUGUAUGCAGAGGAGGAGGAGGAGGAGGAGGAGGAUGGAGAGAGUUCUGCAGCUACACAGCAAAGCCUUGAGAACUCCAUCACCAUGAACAAAAUGAAGCUACUCAAAGCCAAGAUGGAGGACAUGAACCUCAGCAAGAAGCCGAAGAAGACAGCAAAGGUGAAACCGCGCCCCCCCGUCAACCCGAAUCCCUGCGUUGGCUCGCUCGGCGCGACCAGCAGCACACGACACCACCAUCGCCUCUUUCGUUCGCUCUCCCAGAUGAACCAGCCUUGGCCGUCAAACACACAACUACCUCCAAUCGCAGACCACGAGUCCGUGGACCCCUUCUCGCUCUCCGCCGCUGCGACCGCCGCUCACUUUUCCGCCUCGAGACGAGCCCCUCCCUCUUUCCCGUCGCCUUCUUGCUACAUGCUUCGGGAAGAGGAGCCGUGGGAGACGCGCUCCUCCUUUGCUAAGAUCCGGCCCCCGCCCAAAGUGUCCCGGUUGGACCUCGGCGGCGCCAGGUUGAUGAGGGACUGCGUGUACCCGCAGCUCCCGCCGCUGUGUGUCAGGGGUCCACCCGAAGCGACCUUCGACCCGGCCGAGCCAGCGGGGGAGGCCGUUGGGCUGAGUCUGUUGGAGGAAGCGGCCGGGCUGAUGGCGCCGGUGCAACCUGGAGCUCCGUUUGGGGACCUGUUGGACCCCCUGGGUCUGGAUGUGGCCGCCCAGCCGGACGGUCGGCGGGCGCUGGCGGUUGGCGCUCAGCAGCAGUUGCCGCUCUCCGCGUCGCCGCUCGGUACCUGGACCCUUGGGACGAGCGAUGCUCUCACCAGCGGUGGCGAUGGCUCACCCCUCGGCGCACCGUUUUAUAUGCGUUCCCCCUCACCGUCGACUCCUACUGGGCCGCUGCCCGAGGCGUUUGAUUCCACGCUCUCCUGCUUACAGCCCGACCCUCAAGCACAAGUGAAGCCGGGCGUCGCGUCCCCUCACCUCCCCGCCACCGCAUCGACUCAUCCACUGGGCGUUCGCGCUGUUAAAGUGGAGUCACCUGGCAACAGACCGGGGCGCAUCUCCAAGAGGGAAGCGAGAGGCAUCGCUCAGAUGGCCAACCAAGCCUGGAAGGAGCCAGUCGGGUCCCUGAACCACUCCGAACUCCUGGCGUCUCUCUCCACGCGCGCCGCAGACGGCGACCGCAGCAGAGACGGGCGGCCGGCCUCGCCGCCUUACUGCGCCUCAGGACCGGGCAGCCUCGGCUCCCGGCUGCCGUCCAUCCCAACCAACCGGCUCCUCCAGCACAACCUGAUAAGACAAAUGUCCCCGCUGCAGCGAGCAGCAGCCUCUUACACGGCCGCCACCCCUCUUGCAUCCGCUGGGGGGGUCAUGUCAUCAUUCGGGAGAAUAGGCACUCCGACAUACCACCUACCUCCAGUCAAGGCUCCUACGGGCAGCAAGAAGAAGAGCUCAAAGCAUUGCUUCCUCUGUGGCAAGAAGACUGGCCUGGCCACCAGCUACGAGUGCAGGUGUGGUCACAACUUCUGCUGCAGCCACCGCUACGCGGAGACUCACGACUGCACUUACGACUACAAGGGUGCCGGGCGGAGAUUACUGCAAGAGACCAACCCUCUCAUCAGCGCUCCCAAGCUGCCGAAGAUCUAGACCAUACGACCCCAGCUGGGAGAAGAAACCUAUUCACCACUGUGUGCUUUUAAAAAAAAAAAAAAAAAAAUGUAUUUUAAUUUUUUAAUGUCAGCCAAGUUUGCUUAAAAUUGAGAAAGUAUUCUGUAAAGCCAAGUGUGAACUAACAAGAGUAGACUGAAAGAACUGAUUAUCACUCUUUGACAAUGUGAAGAUGUUUAUCCUUUUUUUUUGUAUGUUACCAAGUUCUUUUUCCAUUCAGUAAAAGCAAAACAAACAAAACUGUAGGUAGUUUUUUGCUAAAUAUAACUGCUGCACGUUCAGACAUAUCUAUUUUUAGUUUUAUCUGCCUUUAAAAAAAAAAAAAAAAAAAAGAUUGGACCGCUGAUUACUUCAUUUGACAAGUCUUUGA